CCGUCAACAUGAUCCAUGCUUGCGCCAUGUCUGCGCUGCAACUGUACGGCUGUUUAUUUUCCUAAUGCGUGCUGCGAAGCAACGCUAUAAUACUCAAAUCAUGCACCGUGUUGUACAGACUGUUGCAUAGCUCGGUCAGUUUUUGACACCAUUUAGGGACUAGCCUAUCGACGCACAUCUACCUAGACCCGGUAAGGGUUGUUCGGUGGCACCCCCGAGAAACCUUUUUCUUUCGGAGUCGUGUUAUUCUAGAAAGUUUCACUUCCAAGAGAGUAAGGUUAUAUACUACUUUGUCUGUGAAUCAUACUUAAGCGUAGUCCGUCCUACUACUGUGGCCGCGAUAUAACAAUACAAACGCUGGGAACCUCUUCAUAUGUUUUAAGUUCUUGUGGAAUCGCAUCAUGGUUACCAACUGUUAUGCCUCUUCCGUGGAUUCGGCCGCAUGAGACUGUUGGGCCCGAUAGCAUGUGGUGUGUACCUAAGUACUAUCUUGGAAAUUUACAUAGACUUAGGCAUACCCCGAGAAAGAUCUACGUGAAUCUAUCCCAUCAUCAAUGCCUACUCUCGCUAUGGGAGGGAAAGACGAGGAGGGGGAGGGAUUGCUAGGCGAAAAGCCUACGCCAAGCAAGUCGACAUGGCCAUUCACAAGCACGACCUUAGCUAUAACAGUUCUGAAUAUCGUCAUAUUCAUGACAUCGCUGGCUCUGUUCUUGGCAUCUCUGAGUCAGAAGUCCCAGCUCAACUCUAAACUACGACAAGCGUCUACCUACAGUCCCAUCUUCGAUAGAUUAGACCUGGAAAUGAAACCCAGAAUAAUCCAAGGCACACUAUUCCCAGACAACAAAAGGGCAUCCAUCGCGCGGGAGCUUCCCAACGCCGCAGCAGACGAGAUCUGGGAAGAAUGGGAGCUGAGUCGCUUCUACCCUCUGACGCGGGACGAGAUUGUGCGGAUGGGAAAAGAUCCAUCGACCGUACCCAAGUUAGAAGACUCCGAAUGGGGACUGGGCGAUGACGCCUACGUCGGUGCAUUCGACGUAUAUCAUCAGAUCCAUUGCCUCAACUCUCUCCGACAGAACGCCUACCGCGGCUACUACAAGCUCACUACGCGCAACCACACCGUCAUGGGUUUGCCGGAGAUUCACAUCAACCACUGCGUCGACAUUCUGCUCCAAGCAUUACAGUGCAGCGGUAAUGUGAACCUCAUGACAUACCAUUGGGUUGCCGGUCAGGAAUACCCACAACCCGACAUGUCGAUCAAUCGGCAAUGCAUAAACUUUGACAAGCUCACCGAAUUUAGGAAAGAGCAUGGACUUGACUUAGAUAAAUACGUCCGAAUAAUGAAGAAGUCAUUACAUCCAGGGGUAAAAGAGAGGCACCAAAGUGACGCAUACUACUAUUGGUACAACGAAACGAACCCUAAUCAUAUCAACGGAGCAAGCCCCGGGGAAGACUUCAACAUGUAAAUAGAUAUUACGAUGCAUAUAAGAUUCUAUAUAAGAGCCUAGGGGUUCAUGAGCGUUUAGAGAUUAC